AUCGCAUCUAGUGGGAGAGAGAGAGGGAGAGAGAGAGAGAGAGAGAGAGAUGGGGGAGGAGAAAGACAGGAAGAGAGAGGGAGAUUGAUCAUUUGAACGUCCUGGGCCUUUAUUCCUCUGAGAAGCACUUAAAUUUCCACUAGAACCAAACCCGCAUUUUUUAUAUCUACUUUUCUAGGAUUAAAGGCUUGAAGGCUGUGCUUGUGUUUUUUUUUUUCUUUUUUGGGAGUUAUUCCCACCAAGGAGACGUGCCACCACCACCACCACCAUCAGCAGCAGCAGCAGCAGCAGCAGCAGCAGUAGCGGCAGCGGCAGCAGUGGAGGAAUAUCUCCCAAUAUCCCAUCCCGGGCACGUCGGAGAAGCUGCAGCAGCGACGAAGCGAGAGAGGAAUAUUUGCUGCGAGCGGAAACGGGAACAUGCUCCGUGGGAUUUCUGCCCUCUCACCCAGCCUGGGAGGCAGUGUGAGCUUGUUAUGGGGGUGACCGGACGGAGAGAGUGACAGAGGAACAGUGAUGCUACUGUUUACAUAACGAAAGACUCUCUCACCCACGCACCCACACCCACACCCACACCCACACACACACACAGACACACACAGACACACACACACACACACACACACACACACACACACACACACACACACACACACACACACACACACACACACACACACACACACACACACGCUCCAAUACCUCACGCACGGCAAUGCACCGUUUCUUAAACUCUUCUUCACAUACAUACAUCUACAGACACUUAUUCAAGGGACUCACUGACUGAGUCACCAGACACUCAAAGGCACAGCAUCACUGACUCACACACGCACACAGACAGAUACACAAGGGGAAAAGGUUGUUUUGCUAGAGCCAGGACAGUGUGUUGUAUGUGCUGUGGGCCAAACUUAGUAGCAGCUGUGUGUGAGUGUUGGAUACAUUUGAAGGGUCAGCAGAGCCAUAACUCUCCCCCUCCCCCAGUCCCUUCCUCCUCCGCUCCUAUCUCUCAUAUCCCAGCUACCCUGAACACAUCACCAUGUCUGAGCUGAGGACCAGGAGGAGUCCCUCUCCCUCGCCUCCUCGCCCGUCCCCCUCCUCCCCCCUUGGACUCCUGUGUCUCCCCCUGUCCCUCUGCCUGUCCGUCUGCCUCUACUCGGCCUCCUCGCUGGCGCAGCAGACCGUGCCCGUCAUCUCCACGGCGCAGGGCCGCAUCCGCGGAAUCCUGACCCCGCUGCCCUCGGACCUCCUGGGGCCGGUGGUCCAGUACCUGGGAGUGCCGUACGCCCGGCCGCCGACGGGGGACCGGCGGUUCCAGCCGCCCGAGCCUCCGCUGCCCUGGCCCGGGAUACGGAACGUGACGCAGUUCGCCCCGGUGUGCCCGCAGUCGCUGGACGAGAGGAGCAUGCUGGGAGAUAUGAUGCCGUCCUGGCUCACGGCGAACCUGGAUAUAGCGGCGACGUACCUUACUCACCAGAGCGAGGACUGUCUCUACCUCAACAUCUACGUGCCCACUGAGGACGACAUCCACGAGGAGGGGGGCCAGCGGCCGGUGAUGGUCUACGUCCACGGCGGCUCCUACACCGAGGGCACUGGCAACAUGAUGGACGGCAGCGUCCUGGCGAGCUACGGCAACGUCAUCGUCAUAACCCUCAACUACCGCCUGGGAGUGCUGGGGUUCCUCAGCACUGGUGACCAGGCAGCGAAGGGGAACUACGGCUUGCUGGACCAGAUCCAGGCUCUGCGCUGGGUCAAGGAGAACAUCGCUGCCUUCGGCGGAGACCCCAGCAGGGUCACCGUGUUCGGCUCGGGGGCCGGGGCCUCGUGCGUCAGCCUCCUCACGCUGUCUCAUUACUCCGAAGACCUGUUCCACAGGGCCAUCAUCCAGAGUGGCAGCGCUCUGGCCAGUUGGGCCGUCAACUACCAGCCCAGCAAGUACGCCCGACAGCUCGGGGAGCGAGUGGGCUGCGGCAUCGACGACAGCACCCAACUGGUCGCCUGCCUCCAGGGCCGCAGCUACCGGGAGCUCGUGGAGCAGAACGUGACGCCGGCCAAAUAUCACACGGCGUUCGCGCCGGUGAUCGAUGGCGACGUCAUACCCGACGACCCCCAGAUCCUGAUGGAGCAGGGGGAGUUCCUGAACUACGACGUGAUGCUGGGGGUUAACCAGGGGGAGGGCGUGAAGUUCGUGGAGGGCAUCGUGGACUCGGAGGACGGCGUCACCGCCGAGGACUUCGACUUCGCCGUGUCGGACUUCGUGGACAGUCUGUACGGCUACCCGGAAGGCCGCGACACGUUGCGGGAGAGCAUCAGGUUCAUGUACACGGACUGGGCGGACCGCGACAAUGCGGAAACCCGACGCAAGACCCUGGUAGCCCUGUUCACGGACCACCAGUGGGUGGCUCCAGCCAUCGCCACCGCCGACCUUCAUGCCCAGUACGGCUCCCCCACCUACUUCUACUCCUUCUACCACCACUGCCAGAGCGACGCCACGCCUCCCUGGGCUGACUCCGCCCACGGCGACGAGGUGCCCUAUGUGUUUGGUGUACCAAUGGUGGGACCCACUGAUCUGUUCAACUGUAACUUCUCCAAGAAUGACGUGAUGCUGAGCGCAGUGGUCAUGACUUACUGGACCAACUUUGCCAAGACUGGUGAUCCAAAUCAGCCGGUUCCUCAGGAUACCAAGUUUAUCCACACCAAACCCAACCGCUUCGAGGAGGUGGCCUGGUCCAAGUACACCCCCAAAGAGCAGCUGUACCUGCACAUCGGGCUCAAGCCCCGCGUCCGGGACCACUACCGGGCCACCAAGAUCUCCUUCUGGCUCCAGCUGGUGCCCCACCUGCAUCACGUCAACGAGCUGCUCCAGUCGGUGUCCUCCUUCACGCACAGCCCCUCCCCUCAGGACGACACCCCCUACUCCUACACCAAGCGUCUCUCCAAGGGCUGGCCCCCCAGCAGCACGCGGCACCCGGGUCCACAGGGCGGGACCCCGCAGCCGCCGGAGUCGGCGCUGGGCCAGGGCGGCGCCGAGAGCGGGGCGCGGGUCCCCAGCGAGGACUACUCCACCGAGCUGUCCGUCACCAUCGCCGUGGGGGCGUCGCUGUUGUUCCUCAACAUCCUGGCGUUCGCGGCGCUGCUCUACAAGAAGGACAAGAGGCGGCUGGAGCACCGGCGGCCCCGGCCUCUGCCUCCGCCGAGGCGGGACAUCACGCCCGCGGACGUGGCGGCCCACCUGCAGGGAGAGGGCCUGAUGUCGUUACAGGUGAAGCAGCUGGAGUGCGACGCAGCCUCAGCCGACGAGAGGAACAACACCCACCACCAUCACACGCUGGACACGCUGGACGCUCUGGACGGUUUGGACACCCAGGACAUCUACAGCACCCUGGACACGGUGCGCCUCACGUGCCCGCCUGACUACACCCUCACCCUGCGCCGCUCGCCCGACGACGUCCCCCUCAUGACCUCUUUGACCCCGGGAUCGCUGCCCGUGACCCCCGGGUCGCACCCCGUUACCCCGGCGACGCCGAUGACCCCCAUGACGCCUGGCUCGGUGGUGGGGAUGAGGAUGGGUCAUCCUCACCAGGGAUACACACACCACAGCCCGUAUAGUAAUACACACCUGCCGCAUACACACAUCUCCACACACACACAUUCUACCACGCGUGUAUAACCGCAGCAAGACACUCGCACAUACAGGGACAUGAAUACUGCUCACACACGCAUGCACACCCACACACACACACACACACAUGAAACAAAAGACUUAAAUACCUCUACUAAUUACCCUGCAGGAUUGUUUCAGAUGGAUGACAGAAAGACAUUUUCAGAAACAGGAUGAAAGGACAGACAGCUGUGUGUUGCAUGUCGGGGGGAAACUGACAAAAGACCAGAGACCACGCAGGUUCCCAGGAGACCCAGUUCUAUGCAUCGUUUGCUCACAAGGUGGAACGAGAGGAGACGAGACAAAAAAAUAAAAAGAGCCUCUCGAAACCCGCUUCGGAUAUUAAAUCCUCUGCUUUUUCGGAACCUGCGGAGGAAGAUGAGCACCGUGGAGAACGGGUCACAUAGAUCAGUUUACACCUCCUCCUGUGCCCAUGUUGCCCAGUGAAGCGGUGCCAGGGCCGAGCGGAGCAGAUGCAGAUGCAGAACCGAGCUGCGAGGCACCACACACAGACUGCUGAUGUCAACUUGAACAACCUGUGAAAUGUGAAUGUAGCAUUUUUUUUUUUCCAUUACAAGAUCAAAGGCCCUAUCUGCCAAGGAUCAAACAAAGCUGAGGAGAAAAUAAGAAAAACCCAGAAAGAGGUGGAUAUAUAAAAAAAACAAAACAAACAAAAAAACAGACAGAAGGGAUUAAAAAAACAACCUUAUCUGGAGGAAAAGUUAGUCAGAUGGUGGGAAAGAGAUUAAGAUUUCAGUGAGAGGGAUUUAGCAGCUGUGAGAGCGAGAAAGACUAAAUGAGAUAGAGCGAUACGGAAAACACGGGAAUGGAGCGUGUGCCAAAAGGAAGAAAUGGGCUUGGGAAGAAGAGGGGGCCUCUGAAGGGUUGCCAGACCUGCUGAAGAAUCACUCUAACCAGCUAUGUGUUCAACUCCUGUAAAUAGAAUGGAAAGAUACAGAUGAUAUAUUAUGAUUUAUAGCAUUUACCUGCUCUUGCAUUAAAACAUGGAUUAUUUAACCACAUUACUGCUUUCAUUUCAGAUAUUACUAUAUUAUUGUAUAGAUGUCCUGAAGCAAGGCUGGCUGUCUUUCUAUCUCACCCAUUGUAGUAUGUACACAGUACCUUUAUUUAAAGGCUAUAUUUGCUAUGCAGUCAUUCUUUACUAUGUAAGCGUUUAGGUACUCGUUUAGUAGUUAGUGUAGGAACUUUUACGCGCCGCCCUGUCUCUUUGUUUGACCAUCGGAUGAGGAGCUACAGUCGUACUGUGUAGAUAAUGCAAAACCGGUUUGAUGAUUGAGCACCAGCCAAAAACAACGACCCCUGACCCUUUGUCCCAUCCUGUGCUCCUCGUCCCCGUGUUCCUUGAAUCCUUCUUACUAGUUUUUCUUUUUUUUUAAAUAUUCGCAACCUUCAGUGACGUUUCCACAGGCAGACCAUUGUUGACAGCGAGCCCCUAAAAAAGACAAGACUUUUUAUACUGAUUGGCCCUUUACGCCCACAGAGAAGAACCUGUAAUUGCUCUUUCUACAACAUCAUCUUCACGGUGUCACCCGUAAUCUGCAGAGACGCGCGGCUCCGUCGCCUCCGUUUGAAGGUUGCCGUUUGCUUUUGUACUUGCAGCACAGUCAGGUGUUAGGAGCCAAAUUGGAUGAGCGAGAUGGAGCCUGUGUGGAGCAGGGGAGAAACAAAAACAUGCCCAAACAUGCUGCUUUUUAAGCCUUAAUAUAUUUUUAAUGGAGCAAUACUUAUUGGAGCAAUACAAAUUUCCACCAAGACAUGCUUUAAAAGAGGCAAAUUAAUUAUUUAACCACCAAAAAACACAGUAAGUGAAAAAAAUGCCGACUCAGCGGCGGUGGUUCUUCUGUGUUGCUGUAACAGAACAUCCAGAAUUUGUAAAACUCUGCUCCAGGAAACUGUUCGGUUUUCUAUUUUACAGUGAAUAUAUUCAGUACUGUUAUGGAAACCACCCACCCCAUCGAUCUCGCAGCCACGUUUGUGUUACAAAUCCUGCCUUUGUGCCAACGGAGCAACUGACCCCAAACUCAAGCUUGGAUGCCGAUCGGUAAAGCGACCAAAGGCCUUAACCCUGAUGUUGUAACCUCUUGUGAAUUCCGUUCUCUUUGCUCCUUUCCUCAACCAGACCUGCGUCCGUCCCACCCAAACUCGUACCGACCCCCCCCCCCGCUGUUUCUGUGCGACUACAUGCAGCAUUGUCCCAGUGAGGCCUAAUGUAUUUAACCUCCUGUCAUCCUAAGUAACAUCCUCAUGAAAGAAUUUAAUCAAAUAUCCGCAGAGUACAUGAAAUAUGGAAGGUGGUCAUUUUUAGGACGGCAAGCAAAGGAAUUUUACAAAAUGAUCUAAAAGUAACAUUUAAUGGAUGUUUGAUUGACUGAAUAUUUUUUUUCAAAUGGGUUUAUGGACUCAGCAGGUGGCUGGAUUGUGUUAAGCAUAAAACAUUUCUGCUGCAUUUUUGAAAAAUAAAAAUAUCAGUAUUUUACAAUUUA